UGCUCGCUGGAAUUCACCUGCCCAGAGCGGUGCCCGGAGCUUGGUGUCAGCCCUGCUGCACGAACGGCGCCUCACAGCUUUAUCGCCCCCUUAGUCACAUCCGAGCUUCCUCUGCCUUUAGCUGCAAGGGCUGGUCCCGUGGGAGAACCAGCCACAUUUCCUUGAGGUCUGUAAUCAGUCUUUCCAUUAACAUAUUAAUGAAGCAGUAGAGACAAAAAUAAGGAAGAUUUCAUCCUUCAAAUCAAGGACUUGUCAUGCAUUAUCAUUACAAUGAAGCCUUUGAAAAUCCAGACUACCACUUCUCAGAGACAUUGGAAAUUGAUAGAAGAGGGAGCUCUCAAAGGAAUCAAUUCUCUCACCAAACUCCUUAUGAUUCAUCUCUGCAUGGUUCCUAUGGAGAACACAGAGGGAGGGAGCAGAACUACCCUGUGGCCAUCCCAAUGUCCUCCCUGGGACCUGGCUCUGACUACAGCCAGAAUUUACCCAGCACAAGUCCAUAUGGAAAUUUCACAGACAAUAUUUCCUUUGAGUCUGAGCCAGAACUGAUUCACACCCGACAUUCUACCCUCCAUCUGCUGGAUUAUCCCUAUACUCAUGGAAUUUCCAGUGGAUCAGAAGACAGCUUCAUUCGGAGACGCAACCGAAGACCACCUGAUGAGAUCUUCAUGGCUUCUUCCAGCACACUGGAAACAGAUCCAGCGUGCAGUAAAGAGGAAGAUUUAGUUGGAAGUCUUGCAAGUAUGUCCACCAAUGAAAGGAUGAAAGCAAUGCAGAAGAUGCCAGAGACCAUGGGAAAAAAGAGAGAGAUUAGAAAUAAAGUUCUUAAAGAAAUAACAAAAAGAUCAAGGCACCGUGGUGCUCAGCUUUCCUGCUGUAGACAGUGUCUGCAGGGAGCAGCAGUGUCAUUUCGGCGAUUUGGAAAUGCCCUUUCAGAAUAUUUUCACCAGCUGCGGGUAUGGCACAAGACUCUGAAGAUCAUUGGUGCUGAAUUUGGAACAAGUGUUCUUUCCUACUUUGUUUUCUUGAAGUGGCUGCUAAAUUUUAACAUCUUCUCAUUCCUCAUAAACUUUGGUUUCAUCACAAUUCCUCAGUUUCUUGCAGCAGAACCAAAUAACCUUUCAUUCAUGGGCCUGGAGCUGCUCACUGGAGCUGGUUAUUUUCAACAAACAGUGCUCUACUAUGGAUUUUACACCAAUGCUACAAUCAGUAAAACGGAGAAUGGUCCAUCUUACAACAUGCAGCUGGCCUAUAUCUUCACUGUUGGAAUAUAUUUUGUCAUCUGUUUUCUUAUCUUGUUGUUCAGCAUGGCAAAAUUCUUCUCCAGGAACUUCACUAACUCUGAGCUAUUUUCUGUGAAUAUACAAGUUGCCAGCAAGUUGCUCUGCAUUUGGGACUUCAAUAUAACUAAUGAAAAAGCUGUGAAGCUGAAACAGAAGAAUCUCCACACACAAAUAAAGGAAGGCCUCACUGAAGUAAACACAGAAGUUCUAAGUUUUUCUGUAAAGGAGAGAGUUCUUCGUCUUGCUAUUCAUCUUCUUGCUUGGGUUGCUUCCCUGGGAACAGCAGUAGCUGCUUGCACUGGUGUUUACUUCCUCUCCAUUAAUAACCUCGAGCUGUUUAUGAAAGGGCAUAGAAGUGAUCUAGAGAGCCAAACUGCCACGUUGGUGCUACCUGUGAUUGUAUCUCUCCUCAACACAUUGAUCCCAUUCUUCUUCUCCUGGCUCGGGCACCUGGAGAAGUUUCAGACUCCUGGACAGCACAUAUAUGUCACUAUUGCCAGAAAUAUCAUCCUGAAAAUGUCAAUUGUUGGAAUACUGUGCUACUACUGGCUUAACAUUGUGGCUACCUCACAGUCACAGUGCUGGGAAACUUUGGUUGGCCAAGAUAUCUAUCGUCUUGUUCUAGUUGACUUCAUAUUUUGUUUGCUUGGCUCUUUCUUUGGAGAGUUUUUACGAAGAAUUAUUGGAACUACAGUCUGCAUGAACCUGGGGCUGCCAGAAUUUGAUAUUGGACGAAGCGUUUUAGAUUUGAUCUAUUCUCAGACUUUGACCUGGAUUGGUAUCCUGUUCUCACCUCUGUUGCCUGGUAUCCAGAUGAUAGCAUUUUUUAUAGUAUUUUUUGUGAAAAAGGUCAGCCUGAGGAGGAAUUGCCAGCCCCCUCGCAAAGUGUGGAGAACUGCUCAAAUGACGACAUCAUUCAUUUUUCUGCUGCUUUGUCCUUCCUUGCUUGGAGUCCUGUCUGUCAUUGGAGUCACUGUCUGGAGGUUAAAACCUUCAAAAGAAUGUGGUCCUUUCAGAGGUUUGUCUUCUAUGUAUGCUGCAGUCACUGAGUGGAUACAAAUACUGGAAAGUUACACUGCCUCAAAAUGGGUAGUGUGGAUCUACCAUAACUUAAUUACAAAUCAACUUUUCUUCUUCAUCCUCUCUACUUUUGUACUAAUUGUUACUUAUAUUUACUGGCAAAUAAUACGAGGAAGAAAGACCAUGACCAAACUCUUACUUAAGCAAAUCAAUAAUGCAGGAAAAGAUAAGCAAUUUCUGCGCAGAAAGCUACAGGCAGAGCAAAGGGCAAAACGAAGCUCAUCUGCACGGGGAGGAAGAGGCCAGCAGAGAAGCUCCUCUUCAUACCACCCCUCCAGGCAACCUGCCCAGGAGGUGCCAGGCUACCCAGGAAGGGCAUUUGACACAAACCAAAACACAUCCUACAAUGAGCAUCCCUUUUCUGCUGAGAUCUUGAGCAGCAGUGACUUUCUACCAGGCUGGGAGCCCGGUGCCGCCCGGGCCGUGGCGCUCGCCCUGCGCGCCAGGGAAGCGGCGCUGGCAGAGGACAGCGGAGGAUUUCAGCCCUGAGCAACACCCAGUGAAGAAGGCACUGUCUGCAGAAAGCCAUCCUCUGUUGCACUAAUGACUGAAUCACCCAAAUACCUAUUUUACAUCUAAAUGGAAGAAAAAAUAAUAGAAGAACAGAUUGCAAAAUGCAUCAGGACAUCAGUUUUUUUUACUGUGUUAGGGAAUAUCCACCUGUUGAGGUUUUGCAGCAGUGGUAUUUGGUGACAGCCUUCCCUCAGGACUGGCAUCACCUCGAUGCACUAAGGCUCCCUCCACAGCUGACCAUGUGUUGUUGACUAAAUACAAGGAAACUUGUGCCUAACUGUAAACAAAAGUUCUGUUUUAAAAAUAUUUUUCUAACAGUUACAUUGUUUAAAUCUAAAAUAAUGUUUUGAUCUAUACCAAACCUGAAGUAUUGGUCAAAUAAACAGAAGUAUAUUAAAGUGCAGUUGUUUUUAAUGACUGAGACAUUGUAAUGGCUGUGACAUAAUUUGUGUGAACAGGGUUCAUUUUUCUGAGCCACUUUUAGUUUAUUAGUCACUUAAGAGCAGCUCUGAUGAAGCCAUCGGAACUAAGAGUGACUACUUAGCAAAUUCCCAUCUGUGUAAAACUAUUGCUUGUAAACUGAGAGUUUAUACAUCUUUUCCUAUAAAGGACUGAUUGGAAUUA